CCCGCUUCUCUGCUGCUUUCCCCCGGGUCUUUUCUACCCUUGUUGGACAGGUCUGAGUAAGCUAUACGAGACCCUCUCCAUACUUCAGCAUCACUCACUCCCUACUUCAUCCACAUACCUCACAAUAUACCCGACCCCACACACAGACAGUCAAUCAAAAUGAACCCCCCUCUUCCCUCCCUCACUCCAACCUGGCACAAUGACACCUACCCCUCCAUCUCUCCCUCGCGCCCGGAACUAACUGCCGCGGGAAAGACCAUCAUCAUCACCGGCGCAGGCGGCAGCAUCGGCCGCGCAACCGCCCUCUCCUUCUGUCGCGCUGGCGCCAGCAAGAUCAUCCUCGUCGGUCGAAACGAAUCCAACCUCAAAGCCACCCAAGAUGCUCUCACCUGCGACAGCUCCGUCCACGCUCUCGGUGUCACAGACGAGUCGGGCCUUGCCGAACUGGCUGCUACAAUCGGACCCUGGGAUAUCCUUAUCCUAGGCGCAGGAUACCUCUCUGGUCCAUCAUCCAUUGCAUCGUCGGUUCCUGAGGACUGGUGGUUAAGUUUCGAGACAAACGUCAAAGGCGCUUACCUCCCCAUCAAACACCUCCUCCCCACCGCCAACACCACCCACGCCACCAUCAUCGCCAUCACCGCCGCAACAACCUUCCCGGCGACUAUGGUCCCGGGUCUCUCUGCGUAUUUGAGUUCGAAGCUCGCUCUGCACAAGGUGCUUGAAUUUGUUGCGGCUGAGAAUCAGACUGUCUUUGCGGCGGCGUUGCAUCCGGGGAUGAUUGAGACGGAUGUGUUUAAGAAGAGUGGGGGUGAUAAGGAGAAGUUGCCUAUGGAUUCGGUGAACCUCCCAGCGGACUUCACGGUCUGGCUGGCGAGUCCCGAGGCCGCAUUCCUAAAUGGCAGACAGGUGUGGGCGAAUUGGGAUGUGGAGGAGUUGAAGGCCAAGGGGGAGGAGAUAAAGAAUGGGAUGGAGUUGAUGGCGGGGGUUUAUGGAUGGCCGUUUCAUGCCUGACCGGUACCGUAUGAAGCCUAAUUUAUGAGGACGGGAUACUCAGAUUGUAUUGUUUAUUCAACGCAUCCAACUCUCGCU